AUGCCGUGGGGCGAUCUCCUGGCGGAGCGGCCGCGCCUGGCGGCGGUGCCCCUGAGGCUGGGCGCGGGGCGCCAGCCGGCCGCGGCCGCGGCUCGGGGCCGUGCUGCUCGAGGCCGCGCGGCCCGAGGCCGCGGAGCCCAGCGGCGGCCCGCAGCUGCCGAGAGGGCCGAGGCAGGAGGGGACCCGCCACCGCAGAGGCGGCUUCGGACGCCCGUUCUCGGCGAGUACGCCGCCGACGUCGUCGCCCGCGCGUUGGCGGACGAGGCGUUCCCAGAGACGCCCAGCCUGCUGCUGCCGUUGCUCCAGUCGUGGCUAGAGGCGGCUCGCAAGGACGAUUGCCAGGUGGACGAUGCUACCCUGCGGCUGCUCACCAGCCGCCUUGAUCCCUCGGUCCCUGCGCUAGUGAUCUCCCUCGGCGAGCUCAGCUCGACGUUCGGCAUCGACUACCACGAGGCCAAGAACCGCGUGAUGGACGCGGCGUGCGUUGCCAUUCUUGCCGACCGCGACCAGCGGAGGGCUCUGGAGUUGGCGCUGACCAGCGUCGAGCGCGGCGGCGCCGUCGAGAUCGAGCCGAUGCGCUACGCUGAGGUUCUGAUGCACGACGAAUCUCCGCACACGAGGUUCAACGAUUUCUUCAAGUCAGGCGGCCGCCACCGAAUGGUGGAGGCGCUAGCCUUGGCGCAUCCAGAGGCAGUCGAUGGCGGCGAUGUGGCGAUCCAGGCAUUACCUCGGAAGCUGGCUGCGCUGUGCUCUUCAGAAACAGGGCCCAUGAAGUUGUUGCAGAUAGGGUCAGAGUAUUCGAUGUUGUUGCGCGUCAAGGAUGCGGCGCAGGGCACGUCGUGGUGUAUGAUAACAGGAGAGCAGCCGAACCACUUGCAGCUCAUCGAUCGUUGUACUGGUGAGAACUGCAGGCAGUGUUUACAUAAUGUUGAGGGCGCUUCGCUCCGCAGACUUGGUUUCGAGCAGCGCAGCCGCAGUGCGUGUUUGGACAGGGCCCCCACGAACGCCAAAACUGAGCGUGGCGUUCGCACGAAGGACGCCCCCCUGGAUCAGCACUUGAACUUGGACUGCGGCGCCCGCGUUGCCAUGACCAUCAAGACGCAUCUGUUCUCUGCCAUCAGGCCCACCAUCGUUGGCAUGAAGCGGGCGGCGGCUUCGUUGCGAGUCCUGGGUUCUAUGAUGUCAUUCAGGCGCAUCUUCAAGGUCGUUGUCAAGCCAUUGAUCUCGAUUAAGUUUGGUGAGUGCCCAGCCGAUGCAACCUUGUACCGAAUGCGAUGCAUCGGGCUUUUCACGACCAGCCUCCAGUGUUCAGUUCCCAAGCUGGUCGCCAGGCACAUGUUCCCCAACGGGGAGUGGCGCGACCGCCGCCGAGUUCCAGUGUAUCUGCCAGGCGUUGAGGCUGACUAUACGCCUCUACAGCUUGACCGCCAUCGGGAUCUUGUAGUCGAGGGCUUGCGCCAUGCAUUCUGCAGUUGGGCACCCGACAAUUUCGCAGAACACCAUUGGACUGGCCACACAGAGUGUACUUGUGCAUUCGGAAUGCUGGACGCGUGCAACGGCAUCCUUGCCCAUGUGUACGAGGCUUGGGCCAGCAGGAAGGGCACGCGGCGUCGCAGACUUGCUGCGGCAGGUGGCGGGCCAGCUGGAGCUGUGCCCCUUGCGGGCGCGGCUGCGCAUGCUGGCGGAGAGGGUGGCGAGCUUGUUCCUUAUGUUCCUGGCGUUGCCGCUGGCCUCCCUGGCUCCCCCCGCACCGCCGCGGCCGCUGCGGAAGAGCAGAACUCUGUUGACAGGGCCAUGGCGCUUGAGUGGAUUCAGAGCGAGACUUUGUUCGAUGUGAUGCUUAUGCGGCUCGCUCUCACUGCGCUGGUGCCCUUGGACCACGUUGGCCUCGCUAUGGCUGGCGAGGCUUGGGAGAAUGAGCAGCGCCACAAGGUAUCGCAAGCGUUGCCCGAGGGCGUUCCGAUGGAAGAGGCGAUGUCACGCAGGCAGUUUCGGAUCACCGUUGCAGCCAGGGGGGAGGCAGAAGCCAGCGCCUUCAACAAGCUUCGGUAUUUGUUUGAGGAGGACGAGUUCUGGACGAUAGUGCCACGGAAGUAUUACACAGAGGCCAGCAUCAGUAAAGAGUUGUGGGCGUCCCCCAAUCGCUCGUUGGACGUGCAGCUGUUCAGGUUGAUCCACGAGCCGCAGCGUCUGGCUGAGGUCCGAGCUGGUCGGCUUCGAGAUUAUUGUAUGUACGGCACGUUUGGCAGGGCGUUCUUGGAUGACAAUGUGGGUUGCGAUGACGAUCGGGAGAUCAGAGUGCGGCUCGCAUUCCUGGCUACCUCGAUUCGUACGUCGAUGGCCCCUGUGGAAGCUGGGUGGGCGUGCGUGCGCCGCUUGUGCAAGAAACUUGGGUGCCAGACUCACCAGCAGGAGCUCGGGUACAUCUCUGUCCUGUGGGUCUUGAGCAGGUUUCGCGCGCGGGCGGAGAACGACCUGACCCUGCAGGAGAAGUUCCGCUUGUCUGAUCACAUGGCCUACCAGCGUGACGGGAGCGAUGCCGCCGACGAUGACGGCGCUGAAGGUGAGUUCAUUUAUGGUUGGUGCGGCGCUUGGGGGGCCUUUGUCGCCGAGAGCGACGUCGGCUUGUUCCGCGACUUCCGCGACCUAGGCAGGCGUUACAGGGACGUCAAGGCUAACGACCCUGCUCGGUGCGCGGCGCUGGUUGCUGCAGGAGAAGCGGGCGCUGACAGGCGGCGGGCUGGCGAGCGGCCAUUUGGACCCACCGCGAGGGACACCCAGCGAGCUGAGCAUCGAGCCCGACAGGAGGCGCGCGCCAAGGAGCUUGCUGAUCGGAGAGACGCGCGUGGCAUCGACGCCGAGGGCGGCAUGAUGGAAAGUUUGGCAGGGGCGAUCGUUGACGGCGGCGCGUCCUUCGAGGCACCCCUGCAGUUGGCGCGCACCGACGCUGCGUGGUUCGGCAGGGCGAAGGCGGAGGAGAAGCGGCAGCUCAAGGCAGCAUCUGAUAUGCGCCAGAAGCUGAUCGAUGGCAAGCUCUUCAUGGCCAUCCCCAGGCUUCGAGCUGCGCCUGCGGCUGGUACGCCAUUGAACUUCGAGGCGGCGGGCGUCGUAGUCGAGUGCCACCACCUGGCGGUGCGCUACUUGAACCCGUUCCGCCCCACGUGCAUGACGAUGCACCGCCAGCGCUGGGGCGGCCCCGUCGUUCGCUUGAAGGCAGCGCUGGAGUGGCAGACGUUGCACCGCCUGUCCGACCGCGUGGACCUGCGAGGGGGCCCGCUCUUGCACGGGCAGCGGCUCGAGCUGCGGGAGGGCGGAGGGCCUCGCGGCCUUUUCAGGCCAACGGACUUUGCAGCGUUCGUCCACCGCGGCGAGGGGGGCGCGGAGACGUGGUUCCGCUUGUGGCCGCCCCAGACCGCUGCGGACGAUGCGGGCCAGGAUUCCGAAGGCCAUGAGUCGGGACAUGGCGACGAGGAGCAUCGUGGGCAACCAACGUUUGAUGUUUCGGUUGUGUGGGUCUUGCUGCAAUCAGGGCUACUGGCUUUCGUUGCUCGUAGCCCGCGGUAG